AUGGCACCACCUACCUCUCGCAGCGAGAUUCUCGCUCGUCUACGUCAUCAAAUUGAACAAGGACGGCCCAUCGUUGGAGCUGGAGCCGGCAUUGGACUUUCCGCUAAAUCGGUCGAGGCCGGUGGCGGUGAUCUCAUCGUCAUUUACAACAGCGGUCGCUUCCGCAUGGCCGGCUGUGGAAGUCUCGCGGGCUUGAUGCCCUACAGCAACGCCAACGAAGUGGUCGUGGAAAUGGCCGCGGAAGUCAUCCCCAUCGUCAAAAACACCCCCGUUGUCGCCGGUGUAUGCGGAACCGAUCCCUUCAAAUCCAUGCCCAAAUUUCUCGAGCAGCUGAAGGCGCUGGGCUUUGCGGGCGUCCAGAAUUUCCCCACCGUGGGACUCAUCGACGGUCAGUUCCGAGCCAACCUAGAAGAAACCGAGAUGGGGUAUGGCAAGGAGGUGGAAAUGAUCCGGCAAGCGGCGCAGCUGGGUCUCCUUACCACCCCCUAUGUGUUUAAUGUGGAGGAGGCCAUCGCGAUGACGAAGGCCGGUGCCGAUAUUCUGGUUGCGCAUAUGGGCUUGACGACCUCUGGCUUGAUCGGCGCGAGGACUGGCAAAUCGCUGGACCAGUGUGUUUCUGAUAUCCAGGCUAUUCGGGAUACCGCCGUGAAGCUUAAUCCGGACAUCAUUGUGCUCUGUCACGGUGGUCCGAUUGCUCGUCCGGAGGAUGCGAGGUUCAUUCUCGAGAGGGUGCAGGGCGUGCAUGGUUUCUAUGGUGCAAGCUCCAUGGAAAGACUGCCGGUGGAAAUUGCCAUCAAGAAUACCACAGCCGAUUUCAAGAGCAUUAAUGGCAUCUGCACCUACGCUAUCCUCGGGCGUGUCAUCUUUGGUCCCGACGAAGAUUUCAAAAAACACCAAUCCCAGGGUGCACUCCCUGCUCUCAUUCGCCUACAACGCCAAGUUUCGUAUUUUGGAGACUCUGGAGGGGUUGAUGGCCUCUUGAAACAUAUUGCCGAUGAUGAGAUCAGUUGCCAGGUCCUACAGAUGUUAUGGGAUGAAAGGUCUGAGGAAUAUCUCCCAUACAGGCCUUUUCCCGACUUCAGCGUUCAAGGAUCUUAUUCAGCGGCUCACAAGCCUGGACCCGACCAAGCGACUCACAGCGCAUCAGGCAUUGGAGCAUCCAUGGUUUCAGGAUCAAUAGACCUUUGA